GAACUCUGGAUUGGCGGAUCCACAGCGGGCGGACCCCUAAAAGGGCGGAGUAAAACGCUUGGUUUGACAAGACCGACCACUCCGUGUGAUGGGAACUUAAACAGCUGGAGACACGUCUUGCUUUAGUUAUUUUUAUUUUAAUCCUUCUCAUCAUGCAAUGCGCAUUAAGUCUUUAAAUAAUAAAACGCGACUUUUAGACGCUCUCUGGCCAGACUCCAUUUGACUUGCAUCCGAGCAAGUAACAAAAACACCUGUCACGGCAGGCAGAGCAGGUUGCGGGGAUGUCAAGCUGUGACUGGUGUGAAGGACUCCGGGUUGGAGGUACACUAGUGGCAGCGACUGAUAUUCCUCGUCAUGUCGUACUCGGGCCCUACCCUGGAGGCCUGGACUUCGCAGCGCAAACAGCUGAUCGACCAGCAGUGGACCACGUAAUAAAGGUCGCCUGGAGGGGUGGGAGACUGUUCACUGAGGAAGAGGUGUCGUGCUUUCGGUGUCGCAGCAGUCUUAGCCACACUCAGGAAGACAAGGAUGAGAACUUGUGGAUGGCUAUGCUGCAACCUGCGCGUGAUCGGCACGAACAAAAUGUUGAAAUGGUGUUGGAAAGUGGGCGGUUGCUUCUACACACCGUCAAACCAGUUCCGCGCGGUAACAGCCUCCUGGUGUGGUACAGCGACCUAUUGGCUCGAGCUUUUGGGGUACCCAUCCUUACCCCCGCCCAAAUACAAGGUGACCAACAAUAUAGGUGUACUGGCUGUUAUGCAACCUUCCAAUACCCAAACACGCUGAAGGCACAUAUGCUUUUUAAAUGCAGCUUUGUCAACUGCAGCAAAAUUAGUAAUAACGGGGCCAACACUAUCCUACCUGACUACUCGAUCGCUUUCCUCGCCACGCCCUUCCCCAAAGAGAACGCUUGUUCCAGUUUCUCUGUGAAGCCUCUGCCGUCGUAUUCGACAUCCAAAAUCGCUCAGAACGUGCGUGAUACGACAGACUGCAGAAGAAUAGCUUCCAUAGACGAUGAUCUUUGCUCAAAAAAGGAACUGGCGAACGCAACCCAAAAUGCGCAAAAAGCAGUUGCUACAGAGCACAGACCAGUCACUCCCGACUCUUCAACCGAUCAAAGUAUUAGUCUGAAUACUAAUGCUAGAAAAAUGAUUUGUUUAUCAACUGCCUCCACACCAUCAACUUCUUUCAGUCCUGACAAAAAGCCUUGUCCUGCCGAAAUCGUAAGUGGGUCUCUGAGUAACACUGGAGCAUCCGCGAAGCUCCUGAAAAGUAUUGCUCCUAGUCCUGCACCCAUAUCGUUGGACCAGCAUUCCAUUCUAAGCCUUUAUUAUCCAUGGAUUUCUCCCCUUCAGACAAGCUCCACAAAUUUCUUUUGCAGCCCAUUACCUGGUGUAUCUGAAUGCCGGUCUCGUCAUCUUCCACGGCCAAGACUAGAUAAAAGUCUGUUAUUUUUAAGUAGAUUUUCAGAAUCUGUUGCCCCAUUCCGACCUCCAGCCACUCCUCAGCCAAAACCAGUUCAGCCUGUUUUCUCCAGUACACAUUCCAUCUCAUCAGAGACAGGUUCAAGUGGCACACUUCCCCAAGGCCCUCAAGGCAAUGGCAAAACAUUUCUUCAUGUACCUUCGCAUAGAGAAAAAGAACCACUGGAUAUGUUACCGCCAUCCUUAUUCACGACAAAGUCUCGAAGAGGCCAUUUGUGCAUAUACUGCGGGAAAAUGUAUUCUCGUAAAUAUGGCUUAAAAAUCCAUCUUCGUACACACACCGGCUACAAACCUUUGAAGUGUAAGGUGUGCCUUAGACCUUUUGGCGACCCAAGCAAUCUGAAUAAACACGUACGUUUGCAUGCUGAGGGUGAUACGCCCUACAGGUGUGAUUUCUGUGGGAAAGUGCUAGUGCGUAGGCGGGACUUAGAGCGACAUGUGCGAUCGAGACAUCCUGCAAGUGUUACAGACGAUAUCCAUCGCAUUGGCUUUGUGGACUCGGAGUCAGAGAUAAUUUCUGAAUCUGAAUUCAGUCCAAGUCCUUGUGAGGGCCAUAAACUGUAAUACUCGAAGACCAAUUACCUGAAGCCAAACUGCAGACAUUAUUCUUGUCAAACUGCAUACCUGAAAAAUGUUCAGGGAUGAUACCCUUAAGAUGCCUUUAUUUAUCCCAGAUGGUGAUUAGUAGCAGCUUCUGUAUAUGCUAUGUAUUUCAGCUUCUUAUAAAGAUGCAAGGGUUAGAACCAAAGAGCAGAACAAUUAAAAAAAAAAAAAACUCAUAAAAUUAUUAUUCCGGCUCGCAUAUUAUCUACAUUCACUUGCACAUGGUAGUGUUCAUAAGUCAUAUGGCUGAAACAACAAAGGACAGAACUGUACCCAUAGGGCAUGCAUAUCAUGAGGUAGAAAGAACGACUGAGCAAUUUCAUGUGAUAUUGGUGAAACAACCAUAUAAACUAAGUUUAUUUCAGCGAUUGCACUGACUCUAGUCCUUAAAAAAUAAUUAGUUUCCAUUAUAAUAGUACCUGUUCUCAUAAUUAUAAAUUAAAUUGUUGUGACCAUCAAAAUACUUUUGCAAAAUUACUUGUAUAUCACACUCAAAAAAAAAAUGUUAUACAACACUUCACUAAUGACAAAAUGUAAUAACAGAUAGAUUAAUUAGAAUUUUUUAAAGUCUUUAAAUUAUAUUUGAUUGGGAGUUAUUCUCCCCAUAUACAGUGAUCAAUCCAACUUUAUCAAUAUUUAUAUAUAUCUGCAUGUUUUAAAUGUUUACAUUGAUGAAAUGACAACCAUUUAAUUUCAUCUGCACAUUAGAAUUUCUUAUGCCCUGUUGAUUCAGAAAACUUAUGUUUCAGUGUUUCAGGAAUGAAACAACAAUUUUCAGCAGAUGUUUUGUUUUGUUAGGCUUGUUUGACUGCCAUAAUACAAAUUUGACAACCUGGUUCUAGUUUUCAGAGCAUGCUUUUGAGGUUCCGUUUUGAAAUAUUUUACAAUAUGUGCAACUCAUGUUCAUUAAAGAGAAUACCAAAUGGAGUGUGCAUGAUUUUUUUUUUUCAAUUUGUGAAACAGUAAUUGAUAACAUAAUUCAAGAAAAUCACGAAAUGCCAAGAAGUCAUCAUUAUGCAAAGGCAUUGUGAUAACAUUGGGAUAAAGCCAAAAAACUAAACUUUGAAUAUUCUUUAUUUGAGGAAACUAAUGAUAUUUAUGUAAACAGAAUAAUCAAAGUAACAAAACUGAGAUAUGAAAUACUCACUUCCAAGGAAGUUUUUCAUUAUAAUAAAAUUAAUUUUUCUUUUGCAUUGUAAAAUGAUUUUAAACUCUACUAAGACUGAUUAUAGGGUUGGUUGUAUUUAUUUCCCUACAAAGUGAGCUACACUGACACUUUUAACAUGAUGUUUGACAUGAUGCCAGAUGUUUGGAAGAAACACCAUAAACAGAAGUUGAAAAAAAAGUUUGAUACACAUACUGUACUUUUCUAGUCAGCAUUUGGUAAUGGGUGUACAAUUUCUGUUUUGACACCGCAACACAAUCCCAUGUGGAUACUGAAUAAAAUCUGAUAUAUUUACCAUAUAGCGGGGAAUUUAUUUAUAAUCUUUAGCAGAAUAAUUUAGUUAUGCAAGGUUGAAUCAUCUCAAAUACAACUUAUCAUCCCGGCACAGUUUCACAACGGAGAAAGGAGGAGGUAACUGAUGUUUUAUGCCAAGCCAGCAACUAAGGCUAAAUCAUGGCAAGGCAGCCAGCUCUGUAAACAGAUGCCUCAUGCAGCACAGUUUGAUAAACACAAAAAUAAUAUUGUACUGUGAUAGUAAUAACUGUAUACUCAGACGUCAGUAAGCAAGUAAAAAUGCCAGCAGAAACAUCCCUACCGAACCAGGAUAAAAUACAGUUAUUAGUAUUCCUGUAGGUAUGUAAAUUUUUCUCUCUGUUUAACUUUAAUUUGAAUGAAAAUAAUGCUAAGUGUUUUCAAGCAUCAAACGGGGAUCAGCU